ACAGGAAGAAAAUAGAACAAAAGAAGUGGGCUUUCUCAUCGUCGCCAGCGAGAAACAGUCUAAGGGAGAAGAGGAGAGAAAUUUUGCUUGGUUGUUUAAUUACUUUGGUGUUUGAGAGAAAGCGAGGAUGUAUGGAGAUUGCCAAGUGCUGCCGUCGAUGGUCGGUGGAGGCGGAGGCGGUGGUGGAGGGAACGUAAUCUCCCCUGAUUCACUCUUCUCCUCCCAGAUCAGAAACCCUAAUAUUGGUGGCUUCAUGGCAGGCGUCGUGCCUUUCUCUUCCUUUCCUCCCAUGGUGCCGAAAGAGGAGGCAGCCCGGAAGGAGGAGGAGAUGGAAAGCGGCUCCGGUAGCGGCCACCUGGAGGGGUUAAGCUGCGGCGAGGAGCACGACGACGGGACUCCGCCACCGCUGGCGUUGCCGACGCCGCCUCCUGCAAAAAAGAAACGUUACCACCGCCACACAUCACGGCAGAUCCAGGAGAUGGAAGCAUUGUUUAAGGAAUGCCCGCACCCGGACGACAAGCAACGGCUCAGGUUAAGCCAAGAACUUGGCCUGAAACCUCGCCAGGUGAAGUUCUGGUUCCAGAAUCGCCGGACUCAGAUGAAGGCGCAGCAAGAUAGAUCGGAUAACGUGAUCCUGCGGGCGGACAACGAGAGCCUGAAGAACGAGAACUACCGGCUGCAAGCGGCCAUUCGUAACGUUAUAUGCUCAAACUGCGGCGGCCCUGCAGUGCUCGGCGAAAUGUCCUUCGAGGAGCACCACCUCCGCAUAGAGAACGCUCGCCUGAAGGAUGAGCUUGAUAGAUUAUCAUGCAUCGCCGGGAGAUUUGGCGGCAGCCGGUCCAUGUUGCCUUCAUCGCCUUUGCUGCUUCCGCCUUCACUAGACCUCGACAUGGCAAUAUACUCAAGGCACUUCCACGACCUUCCGCCGCCGCAGCUGCCGCCGCCGGCAGUGUCAUGCGGCGAUAUGCUUUUGGCCUCUGGGUAUGUGGACGAGGACUCCGCUUUCACAGGAGUGCUUAUAAUGGAAGGGAAGAAGCCUUUGGCUCUUGAGCUCGCCAUGGCUGCUGCUGAACAACUAGUGAGAAUGUGUCGGGUGAAUGAGCCGCUCUGGUUGAAGAGAGGUGGCAAUGCUGUCGGCGGUGGAGCAUUGGAGAUUCUUGAUGAAGAAGAGCACUCCAGGCUGUUUCCAUGGCCAAUGGAUGUGAAGCAGCUGGGUGGUGGGGGGUACAAACUGGAGGGGACCAGAGACACCGCGCUUGUUAUCAUGAAUAGCAUUACUUUGGUGGAUGCAUUCAUGGAUGCUAAUAAAUGGUUGGAAUUGUUCCCCUCCAUUGUAUCAAAGGCAAAAACUAUUCAAAUUAUAACAUCUGGACUCCCUGGAAAUGGAAGUGGGUCUCUUCACCUGAUGUAUGCAGAGAUUCAAGUUCUUACACCUCUGGUGCCUACACGAGAGGCUUAUUUUCUUCGAUAUUGCCAGCAAAAUGUGGAAGAAGGUACAUGGACAAUUGUUGAUUUUCCUGUGGACAACCUUCAAGAUGUUAUACAAUUGCCUCUCAUGCGAUAUAGGAGAAGACCUUCUGGCUGUGUUAUCCAAGACAUGCCCAAUGGGUACUCAAGGGUGAUUUGGGUGGAACAAGCAGAGGUGGAGGAUAAGCCAGUACAUCAGAUUUUUUCCCAAUUCAUUAACAGUGGAAUGGGAUUUGGAGCAACUCGCUGGCUAUCCGUCUUACAGCGACAAUGCGAACGGCUAGCGAGCUUAAUGGCCAAAAGUAUUUCUGAUCUGGGAGUAAUCACAACACCAGAGGGAAGGAAGAACAUAAUGAAGCUAUCACACAGAAUGGUGAAAACCUUCUGUGCUGGUAUUACUUCCUCUGGAGGACAAUCAUGGACUGCACUAUCCGAUUCACCUGAUGAUACAAUUAGAGUAACAACCAGAAAAAAUACUCUACCAGGACAGCCUAAUGGUGUUAUUUUGUCAGCAGUAUCCACAGUGUGGCUUCCAUUCUCUUACCAUCAAGUCUUUGAUCUCUUGACCGAUGAGCAACGAAGGUCUCAGAUGGACGCCUUGUCAAGUGGAAACUCUCUUCAUGAGGUUGCUCAUAUAGCAAAUGGCUCGCAUCCUAGGAACUGUGUCUCUCUUUUACGCAUAAAUGCCGCAAGCAAUUCUUCCCAGAACGUGGAGCUUCUUCUACAGGAGAGCUGCACCCACCCCUCAGGUGGCAGCCUGGUUGUAUAUGCGACGAUCGACGUCGAUGCUGUUCAAGUCGCAAUGAACGGGGACGAUCCCUCUUACAUUCCUCUUCUCCCCACCGGCUUCGCCCUCUUCCCGGCAGAACAACCGGCCUCUGUAUCUUGCUCCGACCCCGCCGCCACGAAUAACUCAGCUGCCAUCGGCUGUCUCCUCACAAUUGGAAUGCAGGUGCUGGCAAGCGCCGUUCCAUCAGCAAAGCUCAAUCUUUCUAGCGUCACCGCCGUCAACCACCACCUUCUCUCUGCCGUGCACCAGAUCACCAAUGCUCUGGCUGGUGGUGGUGGUGGUUCUUCCACUGUUCUUCCAAGUCUAGAACAAUAGCAUCUCCCCCCUUUUGAAAUCAAGUUUCAAAAUGGCCAAAAUACCCUUAAUCACAAGUGAAUCUUCCUUUUGUGCUCUUCUCUAUCAAAGAUAAAACUGCUAUGUGAGGGCAUUUUGAUCAUUUUGAUUCGUAGGGGAGGUAAAAAUGUUAUAAUAAAUUAGUUGUUGAAAGUAGGCUCUUUUAGUUUUAAUGUUCAAUGGAGUCUGAAGAUUAGUAUAUUGGAGAAAGAAAGAGAGAAAAAAGUGAGAGAGAGGGGCAGUCAAGAGCGCACCAUAUGCGAUCCUUGAGUCAUUACUGAAGCUUUGAAAAGCUUCAUGUGGGCUUCAGGGAGAAUUGGUUCGGGUAUUGACUUCUUCUGCUUGUCAGAACUGUUCAACUAGUCAUUGUUGUUUGUCCAAUAUCUCUUUAGUGUGCAA